AUUUUCAAACUGUGUUUGAUUCAUUCAGCGACGAUACGUUUUUAGUGCAGCUAGACAGAAGUUAGUUUUAGGACUUAGGUGGGAGUUGAUUAGUUAACGUUAGUUAUAAACGGAGUCAAAAGUUAUUGCGAGACCAAGGGUUUACCAGUAAAUAUAAGAAAAAUGGCUCAACCACUGAAGACCUUCUUUGAAAACAAGCCGGUGGAAAAGACGAAGAAAGAUCCGAAGCGGCUGUCAGUGGAGAGGAUCUAUCAGAAGAAGACUCAGUUAGAGCACAUUUUGCUCCGACCUGACUCCUACAUUGGCUCUGUAGAGCCUGCCACCCAACAAAUGUGGGUGUAUGAUGAGGAUGUUGGACUGAACUGCCGUGAUGUGACGUUUGUGCCUGGGCUUUACAAGAUUUUUGAUGAGAUCCUUGUAAAUGCAGCUGACAAUAAGCAGAGGGAUAACGGCAUGUCCUGCAUCAAGAUCAACAUUGAUGUUGAAAACAACACCAUCAGUGUGUGGAAUAAUGGGAAGGGUAUUCCUGUGGUGGAGCACAAGGUGGAGAAGGUCUAUGUGCCCGCUCUCAUCUUCGGACAGCUCCUCACCUCCAGUAACUAUGACGAUGAUGAGAAGAAAGUCACUGGUGGACGCAAUGGAUAUGGGGCUAAGCUUUGCAACAUCUUUAGCAAAAAGUUCACUGUAGAGACUGCCUGUAAAGAGUCAAAGAAGAUCUUUAAGCAGACUUGGUACGACAACAUGGGCAGGGCAGGGGAUUAUAAUCUCAAACCCUUUGACGGAGAGGAAUACACUUGCAUCACCUUCAGGCCAGAUCUUGCCAAGUUUAAAAUGAGCAUCUUGGACAAAGACACAGUGGCUCUGAUGACCAGGAGGGCCUACGACAUUGCCGGAUCCUCCAAGGGUGUCCGUGUGUUCUUCAAUGGCAAGAAGCUGCCACUUACAGGUUUCCGUAGCUACGUGGACAUGUAUUUGAAGGACAAGGUGGACGAGCUUGGUGGUGCCCUCAGCGUGGUCCACGAGGUCGUCAACCAGCGCUGGGAGGUCUGCCUCACCAUGAGUGAGAAAGGUUUCCAGCAAGUCAGCUUUGUCAACAGUAUUGCCACGACCAAGGGAGGGAGGCAUGUCGACUACGUGGCUGACCAGGUGGUUGCCAAGCUCAUUGAAGUGGUGAAGAAGAAGAAUAAAGCUGGGGUUGCCGUCAAGCCUUUCCAGGUCAAGAACCACCUGUGGCUGUUUGUCAAUUGUCUGGUUGAGAACCCCACCUUUGACUCUCAGACCAAAGAGAACAUGACACUGCAGCAGAAGAGCUUUGGGUCCACUUGUCCUCUCAGCGCCAAGUUCAUUAAAGAGGCCACAUCCUGUGGGAUUGUGGAAAGUAUCAUGAACUGGGUGAAGUUCAAGGCUCAAACCCAGCUCAACAAGAAAUGCUCAAGUGUUAAACACACAAAAAUCAAAGGGGUGCCUAAACUGGACGAUGCCAACGAUGCAGGUGGGAAGAACUCCAGUGGCUGCACACUGAUCCUUACUGAGGGAGACUCGGCCAAGACGCUUGCUGUGUCUGGGCUGGGAGUGGUCGGCAGGGACCGCUAUGGCGUAUUCCCUCUCAGAGGAAAAAUGCUCAACGUCCGGGAGGCCUCACUCAAACAGAUCAUGGAGAACGCUGAAAUCAACAGCAUCAUUAAGAUCGUUGGCCUUCAGUACAAGAAGAACUACAGCGACCCAGAAUCCCUCAAGACUCUGCGUUACGGCAAGAUCAUGAUCAUGACCGAUCAGGAUCAAGAUGGCUCCCACAUUAAGGGCCUUCUAAUCAACUUCAUCCACCAUAACUGGCCAUCAUUGCUGCGCCACAACUUCCUGGAAGAGUUCAUCACCCCCAUCAUCAAGGCAUCUCACAAGAAAACAGCGCUGUCUUUCUACAGUAUCCCUGAAUUCAACGAAUGGAAGGACAGCCAGUCCAACAUCAAAUCUUGGAAAAUAAAAUACUACAAAGGUUUGGGAACCAGCACAUCGCAGGAAGCCAAGGAGUACUUCUCUGAUAUGCAGAGACACCGUAUCCCAUUCAAGUACUCUGGACCUGAAGACGAUGAAGCUAUCACCCUUGCCUUUAGCAAGAAGAAGGUGGAAGAGCGGAAAGAGUGGCUGACCAACUUCAUGGUCAACAGGCGCCAGCGCAGGGCUCACAACCUGCCUGAGGAUUACCUGUACGGUCAGGCCACCAAGUCCCUCUCGUAUAACGACUUUGUCAACAAGGAGCUGGUACUUUUCUCCAACUCUGACAAUGAGAGAUCAAUCCCCUGCCUAGUGGAUGGUCUGAAACCAGGCCAGAGGAAAGUGCUGUUCUGUUGCUUCAAGAGGAACGACAAGCGAGAGGUGAAGGUGGCCCAGUUGGCUGGCUCGGUGGCUGAGAUGUCAGCCUACCACCACGGAGAGGUCUCUUUGAUGAUGACCAUUGUUGGUUUGGCCCAGAACUUUGUGGGAAGCAACAACUUGAACCUGUUGCAGCCACUGGGUCAGUUUGGAACCAGGUUGAAUGGUGGCAAGGACUCUGCCAGCCCUCGAUACAUCUUCACCAUGCUCAGCUCUCUGGCCCGCCUCGUUUUCCCAGCUGUGGAUGCCAACCUGCUAAAGUACAACUAUGAUGACAACCAGCGUGUUGAGCCGGAGUGGUACAUGCCCAUCCUCCCCACUGUGUUGGUGAAUGGCUCCGAAGGUAUUGGCACAGGCUGGUCCAGCAAGAUCCCCAACUUCGACUUAAGAGAGAUCAUCAGCAACAUCCACCGUAUGCUCAAUGGCGAUGAGCCUCUGCCCAUGCUUCCAAGCUACAAAGGCUUCAAAGGCACAAUUGAGAAGGUGAUGGACAACCAGUACGUCAACAGUGGAGAGGUGGCCAUCAUUGAUUCCACCACCAUUGAGAUCUCUGAAUUGCCUGUCAAAACCUGGACACAGGCCUACAAGGAGAACGUGCUGGAGCCAAUGAUGAAUGGCACCGAGAAGGUUCCUCCUCUGAUCACAGACUACAAGGAAUACCACACGGACACCACCGUGCGCUUUGUGGUCAAGAUGACACCAGAGAAGCUGAGUGAGGCGGAGGCGGCUGGCCUCCACAAAGUCUUCAAACUUCAGAACAGCCUCACCUGCAAUUCUAUGGUUCUGUUUGACCAUGUGGGCAGCCUGAAGAAGUAUGACUCCGUGCAGGAUAUUCUCAAGGACUUCUUUGAGUUGAGGAUGAAGUACUAUGUGCUGAGAAAGGAUUGGUUGGUUGGCAUGCUGGGAGCAGAGGGUGCUAAACUCACCAACCAGGCCCGCUUCAUCCUGGAGAAAAUCCAGGGCACCUUGGUCAUUGAGAACAAGCCAAAGAAGGAACUGAUUCGCAUGCUGCAGGAGAUGGGCUACGACUCUGACCCAGUCAAGGCUUGGAAAGAGGCUCAGGAGAAGAAUGAGGAGGAGAUUACAGAGGAAGAGGAGGAGGGAACGGAGAAGGAGGAUACCAGCGGGCCUGACUACAACUACCUGCUGAGCAUGCCCAUGUGGUUCUUGACCAAAGAGAAGAAAGAUGAGCUGUGCAAACAGAGGGAUGCUAAGUUGACAGAGCUGAACACCCUGAAGAAGAAAGCUCCAGCAGACCUGUGGAAGGAAGACCUCGCUGCUUUCUGCGAGGAACUGGAGAUUAUUGAGGCAAAAGAAAAGCAGGAUGAUGCCAUGCCUGUUGCUAAAAAGGGGGCUGGCAAAGGCAAAACGAUGAAGGUGAAGCAGGAGACUCUGCCCACGCCGCAGGGACGCCGCGUUGUCCCACGCAUUACCAGUGCCAUGAAAGCUGAGGCAAACAAGAAGGCUGAUCUUAAGAAAGGAGAAGGCAAGAGGGGCAGAAAACCUAAGAGUAAUGAUGUAGUGAUAAAGAUGGAGUUUGGAGAAGAUGCAGAGAACACAGAGCCGAGUGAGGAGGUUGGCUUGGUUGCACGACUGGGCAAGAAAACUAAAACCCAGGCAAAGGAAAAAGCAGCAUCAAAGACCGGCAGGCAGAGCACUCUUCAGUUCAAGCCUGUUGCCAAGAAGCCCAAGAAGAAUCCGUGGUCGGAUGAGGAGUCUGGUGAAGAGACUGGCGAUCUGUCCGACGAUAAAAUGGAGACAGAGGAAGUGGUUGUCCCCAGGAAGCUGGCCGAACGCAAAACUAAAGCGGCGGUGAAGUACAGUAUGUCCGACAGUGACAGUGAGAAUGAGUUUGAUGACUGGGGGAAGAAGGAAGCUCCAAAACGGAAAGCGGUUAUCAGUGGUGGUGAUGAUGAUGAUGAUGAUGCCACCUUUGCCCCAGAGCCUGCGGAUGACAGCGACAUGGACUCUCCAGCCCCACCUCCCAAAGCUCCAGUACCCACGAAGAAAAUGGCAAAGAGCACAUCGACAGUCAAGCAAGCUAACACCAAGUCGAGCUCUCAGUCGGAUGAUCAAGAGCCUGCACCCAAGGCUCCGGUUCAGCGUAAAACCAAGGAGGCUGCACCCAAGAAAGCUGCUGCUGCUAAGAAACCAGCUGCAUCCAAGAAGAAGGCUGCAGAUGUGAAGCAGCCCUCCAUCCUGGAUGCUCUUUCUAAAUCCAAACCUGCGUCCAACGCGGCUGCCAAGAAGGCCCCUUCAUUUGACUCCAGUGACUCGGAGGGAGAAGCCAGAGCUCCAGUUACAAAGACGAAGCCCGUUCUCAAACGGAAACCGCUCUCCAGUGACGACUCGGACAGCAGCUCAGACAACCUCAUGUCACGGCUCAAGUCCAAAACAACUGCCAACAAGAAAACCAAGAAGUGGGAAGAGGACGACAGUUUCCAGGUUUCGGACCAGGAGGCAGCGGUUCCCACAGCCGUGGCGGCGCGGGACAAACCCUCACGUGCCCGGAAACCUGUAACCUACAACCUGGACUCCGACUCAGAUGAAGGCUUUUAAAUUGUACUCUGUCAGUUUUAGAUUUUGUAUUAAAGACCGGUUCUUACUCAUUUAUACAUAUAGUUCGUACCUUGUGAUUUAAUUUGGCUUCGUUUUUAUCGAAAGAUGAUUGCAUUUACUGCUCGUGACUUAAAUAGACGUGCAACCUCUGCAAACAUCUUUGAUACAUGGUAGUAAAAACAAGUUUCUCAUCAAAGAGAAGUUAAAAAAAAAAAAGAAUGUAAAUGUAUGCCUAAUGCAUAGACUGCAAUAUACCUGU